GUACGGCUAGUACAUGCUCCAGACCACGGACCAGACGGUAUAUUGGCCCAUCGGUUAUCCGAUCUAAAAAAACAUGAACAAAGACGGCGGAGUACCCGGGUUACAACAUGUAUUCAUCGUAUAAAAGGUGGACUACAAUGCAUUCGAUUCUUCAGAACCCAUCUCCUCUUCAGUUAGUUUCCCAGCAUCACACAUCCCCACACUCUUUUAACCGUUCAAUUUAACACAAUGUUCGCUCGUUUCUUCGCUGUUGUCUUCCUUGCAGCUCUCGCUGUCGCCACUCCCCUCACUCUCCGUGAUGGCCAGUGCAACACUGGUAACGUCCAAUGUUGUGAGAGCGCUACCACUACUUCCGAGUACAAUGCGUCCGCAAGGCGUAAUGGCCUUGCAGAAUUACCCACUACUCUCAGCGGCUACGUUGGCCAGAGCUGCACCCCUCUUGGUAUCGCCGCCCUUAGCAGCGGCGCCAGCUGCAGACAGCAACCUAUGUGUUGCAGCAACAACCAGAUGAAUGGCGUUGUGAAUGUUGGAUGCACGCCCAUUAACAUCGGUCCUUGAGCAUUUAUUGGACUUUGGACCUUCCCUAGGAUAUUACAUGGUACAUAGUUCUCCUUAUAAGCUUUAUAGCUAGUAAUACCCGCACUCCCUAGUUUGCAUCUAACAUGAUUUGAAUUGCACCAUCGGUGGGAUCUGAUAGCAAGCUGCCUGAUCUUUGAAGAGACCGUUGAUAGC